AUGGAGGUGAAUAGAGACUUGGCACCAGUGACUACAAAAGAAUCCGCCAUGCAUGUUUUGUCCCCCGAACCCCCCAUCAUUUUAGACAGUGGAGAGCGCAUCAGUGAUUUCAUACAGGACAAAAUAAAAGAGCUUCAUUCAGUGGACAGUGAAGAGCCAUUCUAUGUGGCAAGUCUUGAUUGCGUGUUUAAGAAGCAUCUCAGGUGGCUAACUGAACUACCUCGAGUCAAGCCUUUCUAUGCAGUGAAGUGUAACAACACAGCAGCAGUUUUGAGGAUGAUAAGCGCUCUGGACAUUGGCUUCGACUGUGCCAGCAAGGGUGAGAUCCAGCUGGUCCUGUCCCUUGGAGUGACACCUGAUAAAAUCAUUUACGCACACACAACCAAACCACUGUCGCACAUCAAAUAUGCCUGUGCUCAUGGAGUAGAUAUGAUGACUUUUGAUAAUGAGGACGAACUCCUAAAGAUUUCUCUCUGUCACGCCAAAGCCAAACUUGUACUCCGCAUCGCAGUGGAUGACUCUGAAUCACUGCUAAGACUCAGUUCAAAGUUUGGAGCCAGACUCGUGUCAGUUGGUAAGCUGCUGAAACGUGCUGCAGAGCUGGGCUUAGACGUCAUUGGAGUCAGCUUUCAUGUAGGCAGCGGGUGCAUGGGAAGUUUGGCGUUCAAGCAUGCCAUAGAAGACGCCCGACAUGUUUUUGAUACAGCAAAUUUGUUGGGCUUUCAGAUGACUCUCUUGGAUAUUGGUGGAGGGUUCUCCGGAAGGGAUGACUUUCAAGUCAAAUUUGAAGAGUUUUCAGAGGUCAUCAAUGGAGCAUUGGACAAAUUCUUCCCUCCAAGCAGCAAAGUGCAGAUUAUUGCAGAACCAGGCCGAUACUACGUGGAAUCAGCCUUCACACUGGUGGCCAAUGUCUUUGCCAAAAGAGCAAUCUCAGAUGAUUUGGAUGAACAUAGCAAUGGUGACGAAAACAGCCCUGAGCGAAUAAUGAUGUACUACCUUAACGAUGGAGUAUACGGCUCCCUGAGUUGCCUCAUCAAUGAUGCUGCCCACAGUAAGGUGGAACCAUACCUUCACAGGGCUGUCAAGAGCAGCGAGCAGAGAUACCGCUCUGUCAUCUGGGGCCCAACCUGCGACAGCAUUGACAAAGUGACCAACAGCUGCUGGAUUCCUGAGCUGCAUGUGGGCGACUGGCUUCUCAUCGACAACAUGGGCGCUUACUCUGUUAGUUUGUCCACUGACUUCAACGGCUUUGAAAGGGCACACAUUUACCCUGUAGUUACUGCUGAAAUAUGGCGCGCCGUAAACUUUUCUCACACCUAG